AUGGUGAACCAGACAAGCUCAUUAACACCAGGCAUAGCUAUAUUUCUUUCAGCUCUAAAUUUUGUUCUUUCCAUCACCGCAUUCGUGGGGAACACACUGAUCCUGGUGGCUCUUUAUAAAGUGCCCUCUAUUCAUCCACCGACAAAACUGCUAUUUCGAUGUCUUUCAGUCACUGAUCUUUGCGUUGGACUUUUUCUGCAACCAUUGUUUGUUAUCCGUAUACUAAAUAGUGCGACAAAGAUAAUUAGCCCUGGGAAUUUUUUCUACAUCAUCGAAGCAAAUUCAUCUUCAAGUUUUAUUUUGUGUGCAGUAUCAGUCCUGACAUCGACCGCUAUAAGUUUAGACAGACUUCUCGCCCUUACGCUGGGCCUGCGAUACAGAAUCGUUGUAACGUUGAAGCGAGUUGCUGUACUAGUUACUUGUUUCUGGUUGAUUGGUAUUUUGUUGGGAAUGAUGCGCUCUUUCGUGAGCUUACGAAUUGCUUUAAAUGGGGCUAUAAUCUGGGCAAUAUUAUCGUUAGUAGCCUCAACCUUUUCCUACGUAAAGAUAUUUCUCAAACUUCGGCAACACCAAGGUAGAGUGCAAGACCGUCGUAAACAAGAGCAACAGAACGAAGGAUUACCGCGGCCAUUAAACAUGCAACGAUACAGGAGAACCGUUUCCAGCAUAGCCUGGAUUCAGAUGACAAUGGUUGCUUGCUAUGUUCCAUUCAUAGUAGCGACGGUGUUAAACCGUUAUAGAAGAGACAAUGAUAUCGCGUGGAAUGUUUCAGUCACAAUGUUAUACCUAAAUUCCUCUCUGAACCCAUUAGUUUUUUGCUGGAAGAUGAAAGAAAUCAAACGGGCAGUGAAGAACACGGCGACAGAGUCGUGUUGCCUACAGUCGAACCCCGAUAAUGCGGACACUGAGGGGACCACGGAAAGUCUCCGUAUUAACGGGGUGUCUGCAAUAAGCGGGUUGAAUUCAGAGAAAAUGUACGGCUUACUGUCCCUAGGGACAAAGCAAACUGUCCGUAAUAACGAGGUGUCCGUAUUAAGUGGGUGUCCAUAAAGCGACGUUUGACUGUCUCUACGUACUUAGGUGGACACAUGUCAGAAAACGUCUCAGGAUCGUGCUUCCGAAUAUAAACCGUCUCUAUGUCGACCCUUAACAAUGGAAGUUUCUGAGAAUUCGAAAUUAAGUUUACUUCAGGGGCACCCAACGAGAAUAUAGUUCAAAACCACGUUAACAUAGCAUUUUUAAACGUAUUUUAGUAUUUAAACGGUAGAUAUAGGCAUAUUUCUAUCCCCUAAAAAUUUUUCAUCUUUUCUGAUUUACUAGCUGAAAGUCUAGUGAUCCGAAAACUGUAGGAUCAAAACUUAUCUUUUCGAAAAUUUCACCCAGAGAAAGGGCUCCCGAAAAUUCUAGGUGACCUUUUCAGGAUAAAAAUCCGUUAAAAAUGGGCAAUUAUAUCAUUUUUUAGAUGUUCGAAAAUCCUAGGAGAGGCAGGCAAGCAAGAAAUUUUACAACAAAUGUUCCGAAAAUUCUAGAUCUCAAAUCGUCUUCCGAACGGACAUUUUCCGAAAAUUGAAGUUGGGUGCCCCUGUUAAUUAUUGAAGAGAACCAUAGCCUCCACCUUCAAUUUAGAGUAGAGAAAGUUUCUAUGGUAAUAAGUAUUGCAAGAUAGUGAUAUGUGUUUUCACGCAUUAUUGGAUGGAAUAAUUAUUCUUUAUCCAAAAGGACGAAGCUCGGACGACGUACGUUAGUUCUAGUUACUUAUUUCAAGUUAAUAAGAGUUUUUUUUUGAUGAGAGGAUAAGUUAAACGCUUUCUUAGCUGCAGCAUAUGAGUUCUUUUAAAUUCAAAGAGUUUGUUGACAACAUUACGCCGGCUGAAAACCAGUAAUAAAUGGCCAUGAUUUAGCUGCAAAUUUUUAUAAUCAACAAAUUAUCGUAGUUCACAAACCAUGUCGCAUCGACGCGUUUACAAGGUUCAAAUUCAUGCCACACGUUUAAUAAGAAACGUCCAGCUACAACAGAAACAUUUUCGAGAAAGAAACAAAAAGGUUCACAAGGAACUUAAAGCGUUGGUCACCUGCUUAUCGUUGGCAUGCUUCCAUCGGCAAAAGGAAGUCGUUUAGUAGUCUCUGAUAUUGAUUCGGGAGUCUUGACAACGUCUCUCCCCAGAACAUUCUUGAUUCUCGAGUUCAAUAUCACCUCGACAGGGGCGUAGCCAACAUUAUGGCAUAGAGGGGUUUCUAAUGUGGUAUUUUUGUCUAGAUUGACAAUCGAGCUUUAGAAGACAUGGGGUGUAAGGCAUUCUCGCGCGGAAAAGUUUAAGACUUUAGGUCCUCAGAAAUUUCGUUUUGUGAUUCUGAGCACAAAUUUCCAAUAACAGUGCCAAAUGAAGGUAGUAUUUUUUGUGCUUUCAGUGUUAAGAUAGUGUGAUAGACUUAAAAAUGUAUAUAUCCAUAAUCGUUGAAUACAUUAAAACACACACUGUAGUCCUGUGGGCAUGAUUUGCCCUUUACUCAGCAAGAAGGAGACAUCAUGGAUGCUUCCCUACAAAGGUGUCAAUUGUUGGACUUAGGUCAAAUUGCGUAAUACAAUGAAUGUUCAUCAGAGCAAACGCAAAAUCUAGGGAAUAAAAUCGCUAGUCCUAGCUGACAAAUCAGUCUAUUUUGUUUUUUGAAAUUAUAGUUUAAUCAUAGUAUCUGUACAGUAUGUUGCCCAGUAUCCGGACGGUACCAGUAUCCGGACACUUGAAACAAAAACUCAAUUUUUGAGGCGCCCUUUUCAGUUCUCGGUAAACGAAGUAUUUCGAAUGAAAGCUGAACAUGUCAGCUUUAAGAUGAAAGUUUUGGCGAUUUGAAAGCUUGCGAAACAGUCGAGAAAGACGCCGUUCUGUUCAGGUGAGUAAACUUUUCGUGGCUAAUAUUUACGCUGUUUACUGCGCAGUAAAAUUAGUGCUGGUCAGAAAAGGGAGGGUAAUGUGUAAUAUUUUCAAAGAAACUGUUUUAUUUUUUAAGUGAAGAUACUUAAGGAAGUCAGGUUUUCAGAAAGUUUAUUAAUUCUUCUUGAAAUUCGAUUUGUUUGGAAUAACGGAGGCCAGAAACAUUCACUAAGUUUUGAUGUCACGUGCCCAGUAUCCGGACAGAUUUUUCUUUGAUGUACAGAAUCGAUGAAUUAGCUGUGUAAUUUAUCCAGAUAAGAUUUAUUUCAUAUCAGUAACUGUAAUUAAAGCUUAGGAUAUAUGAUAUAGUCGUAAAAUGUAAUUCUACUCAAAUGCGUAUGGAAAUUUUCUUCACUCAUUUAGAGGCGACUUGAUUUCAUGUGCACGGCUUGUUUCGCGUGACUGCAUUUUCUAUAUAUAACUGAAAGCGUCUGAGUUGAACCUGGAAUUCUCAUACUUUCCCCAGUUGUGACUGCUAGAAUUGGGUUGCAACGGUCUGAAAAAUGUCACAAAGGGAUUGAGAGAUGUGAAAGAAGGAGGAAUUAGUGCUAGAAAAGCAGGCUUAUUGUGGGGACUGACCAUGAAGAAAUCAACACUGCAGUCCAGACUAAAUAGGAGAGUGACCUUUGACCGUCUGGUUAAGGUCCAUUCCCCAAGCUCUUUUUUAAAAUAAAAAAUGAAGAAAGAAAGUCGUUUGCAGAUUAGCUAAUUGAGCUUGCAAACUGCGGCUUCGGCAUGUCCACGGAUGCCUUUCUUGCAUCAGUGAAAAAGUUCCUAGACAAGGAAGUAAGAAUUAUACCAUUUUUAAAACAGCCGGUCGCGUUCCCCACCAUACCCCAAUCAUUUGCGGUCAGUAUAAAACAUGGACUGCGGACUGCGGACUGCGGACCACGGACUGCGGACUGGGUAUAAAACACGGACUAGGUAUAAAAUGCGGACUCCGGACUGAGUAUAAAACACGGACAAGGUAUAAAACGCAGACUACGGACUACGGACUACGGACUAUGUAUAUAAAAACAGCUUUAGAAGGUAAAACUGAGAGAAAUGGAAAGCGGACUAGCAAAAACAGUACUCCCAGCUUUAACAUUCCCUUGGCUGUUCACGUAGUCUAUUCUUCCCACGGAGAAGGAAGGUUAUGCCGGUACUCAAGGCAACUGAAAUUAAACUCUGAAUUUUAUAAAAAGAAUAGGAGUUUGAAGAGAUUUCAAUUUGCAGUUGUUAAAAAAAAUAGUAUUGGUGUUAGUCUGAUCAGUAAAAUACUUAUCUGAUGCCACAAUUCCGUUUCAAAUAAAGCCUUGGGAAUACGAGGACUGAAUGAAGAACCAAGACGAGAAGGUUAAUGUUGUGCAUUCCGCGAUGCACAAAAGCAGUAUUUAGGUGGGAGGCAUUACUCACAUACGUGAAUAAUAACCGAAAUGAGUCAUCCAACGUGAUAUUCUAAGCGAUGAUUAUGAUGACAUGAUUUACACCCUGCUCCUGACCCCCGGAGGGGGGUACUACUGGGAAUUCUUUGUGGGGGUGUAGUGCCCGGUUCUCCGAAUCCUGACUUUAUUACAGACCAAAAAAUUGUCAUUUUCCACACCCGUUUUCAGACUAGAUCUCUAAAAUCCAUACCCAUUUUCGGACCUGGCCUAAUUUAGCCUGUACCAGGUUCUCAGAUAGUUGGGGAGACUCCCCAGUUUUUUCCCGUUUUAUUUUCGUGUUUUCGUUUUUUCAAUUCAGCGGACCCAACUAUCUCAGAGCCUUGAACAGGUUAGGUCUAAUUAAGCAGAAAUUUUGUCAUCAUUACCAAGUUCGAGCGGAAACAAAAAAAAUUCUCCAAAUGCAUUUCGAAUUCGCACAUUUCUAUUUCGUUCUUAUUCAUUUGGAAUUGAAACGAUUAAUACGUCCAUUCAUGUGCGCUCCCGUAGUUCCCUCGAAAACCAUACCCGAUUCCACACCAAAAUGGACAAAGUGUUUUCAGACCAAAAAGGCCCAAACCCCCACCCUUCCAUUAUAAAAGGGAGUACCACCCCUGAUCCUGACCCCUUUCAUGAUUGUUAGAGACCAAAACAAGGUCUAAAAAUGGGUGAAGAAAAUAGCAUUUUGAUCCGGCUCAUGAUUCAGAGAACGAGGCGGGACACCUCCACCAAGAAUUUUUAGGAGUAUUUACAACUUUAACUCACGUGUCUUGCUAUUUAGCGAUCUUUUGAUCUUAUUUUUCCUUACCUAGAACCAAUUUGCACGGUUUUUACCAAAGUAGUCCGUAGUCCGUAUUUUAUACCCAGUCCGCAGUCCACGUUUUAUACCUUGUCCGUGUUUUAUACCCAGUCCGUAUUUUCUAGUCCGCGUUUUAUACCUAGUCCGUAUUUUAUACCCAGUCCGCAGUCCGUAGUCCGCAGUCCGCAGUCCGUGUUUUAUACUGACCGCAAUCAUUUGUUAUGUUUUAUUUCACGAUGCUAGGUUAUAUUUUUGGAAUCGAUUGCCAGAUUACUUUGCAAGUGCAAGAGAAGCUUAUGAGUCGCUUGCCUGUCGAAAUUUAUGUACAGUUACGUUGUUAUUGUUGUGUCCGGAUACUGGGCCAGCUGUCCGGAUACUGGGCAACAAAGGAGCUCUGCAAAAAUAUUUAUUUCGCGAUGGAAACAAAGGCAAAAAAGUUAAACUGUCUUUCGUCAUAUUAAGGUCUAGAUAGAUUUUCUCUGGGCCAAAUUUCAGAGCUCUUACGGUUAACAAAGGAAAGUUAUUGCAAUCUUAAACUGAAGUGUCCGGAUACUGGGCAACAUACUGACGCUAUUGAGACCUGCCAAUCUUGAAUACUGUAAACAAAAACAGCAUCUUGUGUCCGUUAAUAUCGGGACUCUCGCAACAGGACCAAGCUAACCCAUCAACGCCUACGAAGUCAUUAUUCGUUGCCAUUAAAUAUUUCUGUUUUCUGAUUCUACUGACACAGUCUUUUUUCUUAAACUUGCCAUAAUUACUCAAGUUAAAGUUGAUACCACCUAUUUUAUCAUCUGUUCUAAGUCACAUUUGAUUUAACGUGCGUUUGUGCGUUUAGUGUUGUUUCACUAAGCGCUCUAAAAUGGUUGUUUACCUUUCUACGGGUCUAUAAUGCGAGCUUCAUUUUCUUUUGGCAGAAAAUAACAUAUGAGCUGACAUAUGUGAGAAAAAUAUCACUUGUUCCUAGCUCGUAUUAGUACACCUGUGUAUUUCAACAGAAUUACUAAACAAAUCAACUGCGAUGCGUUUAGUGAUACGUUAUGUAGCUAUUCUAGCUUACGAGUUUGUGGACGGAAACUUAAUAAAGUUCUCAAGGUAAUUUAACUCUUUUGAGUCUGUGGACGAAAUCCAAUGGACAUGAUGAUCAUUAAAAUGAACACUCUUUGGCAGUAGAUUUGAAUGGAACUACUUCUUUUUGCUGUAUAACAUAGUUCAAACUUUUUAGUCUUUGAAAGAAAACCUCUCUUGAGUCACGGUGGCCACUCCAAUGAGACGUCCCUGGGAGUCCUUGCAAGUUGCUUUUUUAUUUUAUAAUAUUUUACAAACUGUAUUUUAUAAAAGGGGUAAAAUAAGUGCAGUAACAAGAAUAGCCUCUACACAGACGUUGUUUUAUUCGGCGAGCACGGAGCCCGAGCAAGAGAAAAAAUAGACGUUGUUCUAUUUUUCUUUUCUUUGUUUUCGAAAUCGGUUUUUAUCACGCGCGCUCGACGGACUUUGAGGAGAAAAUAGAGGCUCUGUGAACAGGCUAUGACAAGAAGAAUUUCUUUCUAGCCGAAGAUAUCCAACAGUCACCUUCUUUAUCUCUAGUUUUAUUUACAUUUGACUUGGGACAACUUAUUUUUACAGCUCAGUAAAUAAAUUAACUUCCAUAAUUUUAGCUUAAUUCACCUAAUCUCUGGAGAGCGAAAGAUAUUUUUAAGAAAUUAAAAGCAUUUCCACUAAAAUCUUUUGCAGCAGCAAUAGAGCCGUUCUAAUAUUUAGUGACAGCUUUGUAUCAGUCGUUCACCUCUGCACCACUACCAACGGAUGGUUGCUCUCAACACACAGUUUAUUCGAACUUUCAGAAAAGAAAAUCGUUGAAAAAAAUGAUUACUCUAGCGCUCAAUUUGUAUAACCACUUUACUUCAACGGACUAGCUUAGAACUGAAAAGGAUAUUUCGAACAAUCCUAAGAACCGCCGUCUGCCGUUAUUUGGGUCGCCACCGACGGUAAAAAAAAAAAAAAUAAAAAAAAAAACCUGCGCGGCUUUGUUCCGGCUAAAGCCAACAAUUUGGUAGCAAAAUGAAAGAUUCAUUUUUAAUUAUUUUCUGUCUCAUGCGAGAUCUAACAAUACAAAGGAACUUUGAUCGGUUGUUGUUGAUAGCCUUCCAUCGUCAACAGAACCUACACAUCUCCUUCGUAGCCUACCAAUCGCGUAGCAACAGUGUGUACUCAGCUGGCGAUGCAAGGGAUCCUGCCGCUAGGUGAGCCUUCAUAUUCUCCAAAAGCGAAAACAAAAAUCCAAGUGACUUGCACAAAAAAUGGAGACUGCGUUGAAGGCCGCGCCUGUCACGUGAUUGCGUCGAACGUCUGUCCAUUAAAUAUUGGGGGCACAUCCAGCAAGGCUCCGAUGGUUAAUUCGGCUGCCUUUUCCGCCAGCUUUGAAUUGUCAGGAUUUUCCUGUUGAAAUACAAGAUAUCCUUUAGUGGUUAUAACAUGGGAUUCAACCCCACCAAACAUGAAAGCCAACUGUUGUAAACGAAGUCGUUCGCGUAGUUGGCUUGUUUACGCCCUGGGGCGUAAACAAUCCAACUAUACGCGACUGACAAGCGACGCCAAUGACUUCGUAAAUGCUAAAAGCUAUGCACUAGAGAGAAACCUCUGCCCGCAGAGUAACGUCCAGAAUAAGUCUUAAUUUAACACAGAACCCUUCUGAACUCUACGUAGCAGUGGGCAUUGAGAAGUCACGGUUAGGUUCUGUUGGUUUUAGUUCAAAUAAAUGUGGUAACACUCUCUUAGGGCCUGUAAUUUGGCUACAAAUUUUCACACCAGUUAGAAACGACAACAUAGAAAGUUGUUAGACUAUGUAAUUUUUUUAAAUAUUCCUGUGAAGUUCGCUACGAAGAAUAAUGUACUGUACCUUUUGAUUAUUGAUGCCAAGGCUGACAAAUACACCAAAACAAAUAGCACAAUGUUCAUGAACACGUGACUUCAUUUCCUCUAUAGCAAGCUGUCCAGUGGCAAAAAAUAAAUGUUUCGUAACACAAAGUGAAAAACUUGUUCAACUUUAGUUAACUAGAAAAAAGAUGAGUUUAUAAGUAAACAAACACACACAAAAUUGGAAAGCCGAUACCACCCUGCAUUUUCCGAACCCCCCGGCAAUGCCUAUGAAUUGUAGCUUGACAGAGAUUCGUACCGGCGAGCAAAUCAUAAACGAGGAUCCAUAUAGUUUGGGAUGCAUGCAUACUAUUGAUGCUGCACUAAGCUACACAAUGGUAAAGUAGGCGACUCUGUGAAUUGGCUUGAGUAAAAUAAUAUUAACAAGGAUCUCCUACAAAUAAUAAGGAAUCUCCGCCGGCCUUGAUUAGCUCUUGCCUUUUGUGGGUGGAACUGUAAUUUGAAAAUGCGUGAGAAUAAAUAAAUAAAUAAUAUAUAUAUAUAUAUAUAUAUAUAUAUAUAUAUAUAUAAAUAAAUGAUACCCUAGUUUUCUCGACUUAUAACAGACAAUUUUUGUUAUCAGUUAAACUAAACACGUCUCGUCCAGGUAAGCAAAUUUUAACUGAUUAGAUAUCGAGGGUGACCAUCACUACACAGGGCCCGGGGUUCUAAUGACACCUCAACCAACCUUGAAUUCAGUGAAGUUCUUUCUGCAGUUUGAAAAUCUAACAAUUAUCAACCUAAGAUCUUUCGCAAGACAAAGAUUGCAUUUUCGUGAGAUUUCUUGCGUAAACUGCAUCACAAAUGUUGGUACGCAAACCUGAAGCAAAGAAAAGCAUCAUAGUUCAUGGUUAGUAAAAGACAGCCACUAUGGUUAGGCCUUUCAUAGAGAAGAGUAGAUGUGUCUGCUUUACCAUUAUUUUGCGAUUUUCCCUCAAUAAUAUGUCCUGUCAACACAUGGCUCCUCCCAACACAUGAUGUGCAAGUGGUAAAUGAUUAAAUCAAGCCGAAACCAAUUAUAAAACUCCACACAUUUUCGAACGGUUAUGGAGCUUAAGCAAUGACGACACCAACCGCAACGACACCGGCAAUAACGUAAUAGAUUUAAAUUGGCAAAACAACAACUCUGCACGUGCAUCACGCUUUUUUUGUACAUUUCUCUGCCAUCGCCAGACGACUACAACGUGAAACUGCCUGUAGUAAUUUCACGUUUUGUCGAGGACGGGAACAGGAGACAACAACUUUGCUUUUCUUUUCCUGAACUUUGAUGCAGUCCUUUAGAUAUAUAGAAUUAAAUUCAAAAAAAAAAAAAAAAAUUGCCAACAUUUGACGAAUUAAACGAGAUGGAAUGAGCGCGAUUAAGUUUGAGGCAGCGCGAAUUCACUUUUUAAGUCAGGUUUUCCUAGCCGUCGCCGUCGUUGUUGCUUAUAUAAACUUCCUAGUUUCUUUGUCCGUCUGCUUACAGGGCUGUCCACCUUACAAUGGUUCACAGAGGCAACCAGCCUACAAGGGUGUCGACUCACAGAAGAGCCUUUGCUGGAGGGUACUUCGGAUUAGAGUGGUGUCUAUAUAUCUUACAGUGUAUCCACAUUAAGGGGCUGUCUGCUCGACCUUGAUGGGUGUCCACUUAACAAGGCUACCUUACAGUAGUGUCAAAUACAUGGUGUGCCUGUCUUAAAGCAAAGUUCCCAUACAGUAGAAGUGAGGGAUUUCCGCCUAGUAUUAGCGUCCACCCAACAGUAGCGUUUUCCGCCUACAGAUGCGCCCAUGCUAAAAAAACAUUCUCCCGUUAACAGGGUCACUAUAUUUAAAAAAAAAAAUGGCAGAUGAGACUGAAUGGCAAUAUGAACACUAAAAACAGAUGAGAAACGUAUCAUAAGGUACCUUACCGUGGAGGACGUUUUAUCAUCGAGAGCAAAAACAACAGAUACACUGUCGUGGCUAACCUCGGAUAUCUGCCAAGACAAUUCAAGAAUCAUUAUUAUCUUUCCAGUGCCACUAAUUCCACGUUCCUAUGAAUUGUUGUUUUCAUUUUUUUCCUGUCUUUCUUUGUUUUGCCUUGAGGUCAGAGGCACGAUUGACAUACUGUCAUAAGUAUGUUUUGCGUAGCAAUAGGUACUUUAAGAUCCAACGACGCGGACGGCAACGAGAACGUAAAAAAACAAUAGGUUUUAUAAGCAAAACAAUAACUUUGCACGUGCAUCACACUUAUUGGUACAUUUCUUUGCCGUUUUUGCCCGACUACGACGUGAAAUUGCCUAAUCUCGCGUUUUAUGGAUUAUGUCAACAAGCAACGACCAAAUUUUAUUUCUCUUUCUGAACUUGGAAAUGGUCCAUUGGAAUUCAACUCCAGGAGGAUUCGCCUACAUUUGACAAAGUAAUUGGGUAGGAAUAAUUGCGAUUAAGACUGAAAAAACGCAAAUUCACUUUUUAGGCGACGUUCUCGUUGCCUUCGCGUCUUUGGAUCUUAAAGUCCCUCAUGUAUCUGAGCUACGUGAAGUAAUCACUGCGUUGCCUUUCUACAAUAUAACUGUAUUGUCAUUGUAUUCAAUUGUAUUCUCAUUUAUUUAGCCCCCUCACUAGAUGUCAAUAGUACAGGGAUUACAGGGAUGUGCUUACCAACUGCUCCGCUGAUGUUUCGAAGGAAUCUUGUUUUUCCGCUGACAGAUCGGAAUGAAAGGUCGCCUAACGUGCGAAAUAAAUAUACAUCAUCAUACAAAUGAUUAAUUUGUUAGUUUAGUUCGUCACAUGUGAAGAUCGACGUUUGUCCCGGAGACGAUCUUCAGACGUUCUAUCCGUCUCGGCUGCUUCAGACGAUAAGGAAAAUUUAGCCUCGUUCGGGAGAAACACCCGCUGGCUGGCUAAAAUUUCUUGUAGGUCUGAUUCAGUUGAUUGGUUCGACGCGUCCUAAGUUCGACGUUUAAACUAUCAGACGAUCUUAACCUAACUGAUGAAAGUCGACCAAGAGCCAUCGUCUUCCAAUAAACACUAGGGCGCACGCUUUAAUAUAACUUACCGCAACAUUUCUUUUCUGAAGCAGUUCUUUUAGUUGCUCACAAAAGUGUGAUAGGCCUUGUCCAAUAACCAAGGCUCUAUGGAUUUUUUUUCUCUGAUUACAAGAAUAACAGUCAAAGUUAAUCGAUGACGACAGUGUUUAUUUCGUAUACUUCAAUCUAUAAACAGGUUCUAUUGUAACACUGAAUACAUUAAAUCCAUAUAAUAAUAUACAGAUUUAACCAAGCUAAAAGCGAAUCUUCAGUUUGUAGACUUAAUAAUAAACUUCCAUUCCAUUUCACUCACCUUUUAAGGGGUGACCAUGGGAGAUUUAAGAAAAAAAGUAUCCGGCAAACUGACCUACAACACAUCUUCCCACCGAGCUAAACUCUUAUAUUUAUAGCAAAAAUAAUAAUGAAUAAAGUUCGAUAACAGUAGUAGCCUUAAAGAAGAAUUUUUGCCCGAACCUGCGUCACAUAACUCCUCAGCACACCUGUUUUCGAACUUAUUACAAUCAGCCCCUAAAAUAAACAAAACUAAAAGGUGCCUUUAAUUCACGCCCGCACAUACUCUUCGGUGGAGGCCAAUUUACAGGUUACCAUUUUUAGGGUCGAUUUUCCAGUCUAAAGGAAAGACCUAAAUGAAAAGUUGGGCCGAUUUUUGUGUACGUUGUGUGCUUUUAUAUGUUUUCUUUGCAACAUCUCUUAAUAUCUCGACAUCCGCACACUGACGCAGGAACCAAUAUUGUUAAUUCCAACCAGACACACUAACGAAAUGGAAGCAGGUACUUGAUAAUCAUAAUUAUGCGAAUUAAUUAAUGUAAGUGUUAGUUCAUGCUAUAAGCUCAGUGAAAAGGUGUCAACCGGAAUUUUCUCACCGCAUGACCGAUGACCUAGCGAAAAAAAAAAAAGGAACAGCUUUGACGACGCAUACAUGAUGGUGAACCAGACAAGCUCAUUACCACCAGGCAUAGCUAUAUUUCUUUCAGCUCUAAAUUUUGUUCUUUCCAUCACCGCAUUCGUGGGGAACACACUGAUCCUGGUGGCUCUUUAUAAAGUACCUUCUAUUCAUCCACCGACAAAACUGCUAUUUCGAUGUCUUUCAGUCACUGAUCUUUGCGUUGGCCUUUUUCUGCAACCAUUGUUUGUUAUCCGUGUACUAAAUAGUGCGACAAAGAUAAUUAGCCCUGGGAAUUUUUUCUACAUCAUCGAAGCAAAUUCAUCUUUAAGUUUUAUUUUGUGUGCAGUAUCAGUCCUGACAUCGACCGCUAUAAGUUUAGACAGACUUCUCGCCCUUACGCUGGGCCUGCGAUACAGAAUCGUUGUAACGUUGAAGCGAGUUGCUGUACUAGUUACUUGUUUCUGGUUGAUUGGUAUUUUGUUGGGAAUGAUGCGCUCUUUCGUGAGCUUACGAAUUGCUUUAAAUGGGGCUAUAAUCUGGGCAAUAUUAUCGUUAGUAGCCUCAACCUUUUCCUACGUAAAGAUAUUUCUCAAACUUCGGCAACACCAAGGUAGAGUGCAAGACCGUCGUAAACAAGAGCAACAGAACGAAGGAUUACCGCGGCCAUUAAACAUGCAACGAUACAGGAGAACCGUUUCCAGCAUAACCUGGAUUCAGAUGACAAUGGUUGCUUGCUAUGUUCCAUUUAUAGUAGCGACAGUGUUAAACCGUUAUAGAAGAGACAGUGAUAUCGCGUGGACUGUUUCAGUCACAAUGUUAUACUUAAAUUCCUCUCUGAACCCAUUAGUUUUUUGCUGGAAGAUGAAA